AUGGACAAAGCGAUGAAUAGUACUAAUAUAAAAUCAUUGUUAAAAUCAGGAAAAGAAAAUCAAACAAAUAGUGAAUUACCAGAAGAAAAAAUUAAAUUAUUACAACAAGAAAAUGCAUCACAAGCGACAGAAAUUACAGAAUUACGUGAAUUGAACAAAAAGUAUUUUAAUACGAUUGAAUGGAUGCAAAAAAAAAUGCAACAACUUGAAGAUGAUCUUAAUCGUACAAAAGCAAAAGUAUCUGAACUCAACUUGUCUAAUUCGUCGAAUGACUCACCUCCAUUGGUUAAGAAAUAA